UGCCCCAACAAUAACAACUAGUAACAACUUGCCACUUAGGAUUUGUUGUAGAAAUGUUGUAGACAUAUAAUUUCCCUUAAUGUUUUGGAUUAUUCAUGUCAUUGAAUACUUCAUUAGUUCAACUGAAAAAUUUUUACUCACUUUGGUAGACAAUUUGGUGACUUAUAUUAAAAAUGGAAAUAUUAAGGAUUCAUUAUGGAGGAUACUAAUUUAUGUGUGUAUAUAGAUGUUUGUGUUUGUACAUGUGUAAAGGAGUCUGUAUAGACUAAUAAAUUAGUAUCACAAGUUGCCCCCCAAAAAAAUUUAUGGUUACACCCCUGCACUUUUGCACUAAAUGAGGCACUCUAUGAGAGUUACAUAAUAUAGAAAUUCUUUUAUUAUUUCAAAAAAAGAAAAGAAAAAGAAAGAUAUUAGUAUAUACUAGAUUAGAUGUGUGAGUUGUAGGUUCCAAUUAACUCAACUGAUAAAGUUUCUAAUAGUUGAAUAAAAGAUCUGGGGUUCAAUUCUUGCCUACACCCAAAAACCAAUUGAUAUUUUGGUCUGAUGAUAAAGAGUAUCAUUAGGAGCGGAUGUGCAUAAAUUAGACAUCUUAAAUUUAUGACAACAUCUUAAAUUUAAUAUAUUUUCAUAUUUAUAUUUCCAACUAGUUGAACUUAUGUCUCUUAUGCUGCACCAUUGGGAGUGGACGCCAUAGUUGAAACUUACCAAAAAAAAAAAAAAGAUUAGAUGUGUGAGAGCUGCAGUGCAUAAAUUAGACAUCUUAAAUUUAGUAUAUUUUCAUAUUUAUAUUUCCAACUAGUUGAACUUAUGUCUCUUAUGCUUUGUCAAUGGCAGCGGUUUGGAAACUAAAUUUAUUCAGGAAAUUAUUGAAGAGAUUUCAAAAUUCAAAAUAAUGGGAAAACUCUUAUAUGUUGCCAAAUACCCUAUUGGAGUAAAUUCUCGUGCUAGGGAUGUAGAAUCUCUUAUAGAUAUUAAGUCAAAUGAUGUACGUAUCGUAGGAAUUCAUGGUCUUGGGGGAAUCGGUAAGACUACAAUUGCAAAAGUUGUUUACAACAAAAUUGUUGGUAAUUUUGAAAGAAGCUGCUUUUUAGCAAAUGUCAGAGAAAAUUCAAGGACAGAUGAUGACACAAUUAAGCUACAAGAGAAAAUUGUUUCUAAAAUUUUACAAAACCCACAUUUGAAGGUGAACAAUGUAUCCGAAGGAAUUAAUGUGAUAAAGGAAAUGCUUCGUAGUAAAAGGGUUCUUUUGGUUCUUGAUGAUGUGAAUGAAUCAAAACAAAUAGAAAAUUUUCUUGGAAAACAUGAUUGGUUGGUAUCAGGAAGUAGAGUCAUUAUAACAACAAGAGAUAAACACUUGCUAACUGCUCUUGGGAAAGUUUGUACAACUAAAAAUUAUGAGGUCAAGGAAUUAGACAAUCAUGAAGCUCUUGAACUCUUUAGUCAAUAUGCUUUCCAAAAAGUCGAGCCCGAUGAAGAAUAUUCUGAACUUACAAAUCAAGCCUUGUAUUAUGCCAAAGGUCUUCCAUUAGCUCUAGAAAUAAUAGGUUCUAAUUUAUGUGGGGAAACAAAACCUAUAUGGGAAAGUACACUACGUAAAUAUGAAAAAUAUCCCGAUGAAAGAAUUAAUAAAAUACUUGAGGUAAGUUAUGAUGGAUUGGAAGAAAACGAAAAGAAUAUAUUUCUUGAUAUUUCAUGUUUCUUCAAGGGAAGGUCUAUAUAUUUUGUUGAAAAUAUAUUAGACAAGUGCAAUUUAUAUCCAAAGUCUGGUAUUCCAAUACUUGUUCAUAAAUCCCUCGUAACUAUUGAUCAAUAUGGUGAAUUGUCGAUGCAUGACUUGAUACAACGAAUGGGUAUGAAAAUUGUUCAGCAGGAAUCGCCAAAUAAUCCCAGAAAACGUAGCAGGUUAUGCAAUUAUGAGGAUGCUAUUCAAGUACUACUUGGAAAUAAGGAUUCUGAUUAUAUUCGUGGUAUAAUGCUGCAUUCACCUACUCCAGUGAAAGUGCGAUUACACCCUGAAGUUUUCAAAAUGAUGGAAAAUCUCAAAUUUCUAAUGGUUGAUAAUGUUCAAAUUUCUGAAGAACUUACAUAUUUCCCUAGUGGUCUAAGGCUUCUUAAAUGGCCAAAAUAUCCUUUUAACUUUCCAUCCAACUAUUGCCAUCAACAACUUGUUGCACUCGAGAUGCCGGAAAGUUGCAUUAGAUUGGAGAAGAUAUUUAAGCAGGAGUAUUUGUAUGAAAAUCUAAAAAGUAUUAAUUUGAGUUGGUGUGAAUUCAUUAGAAAACUUCCUGGUUUUCGCGCUCCAAACUUAGAGAUAUUGGAGUUGCGUUGUUGUGAAAAUUUAACUGAGGUCCAUGACAACAUUGGAUUACUUGAUAAGCUUAAAUAUUGGAUGCUUCAGGGUUGCAUGAAGCUCGAAAUUCUUCCCAGUAAGUUCAAUUUGAAAUCUCUUGAAUAUUUAAAUCUAGCAAACUGCAGAAGGCUUAAAAACUUCCCCCAGAUUCAUCCAGAAAUGAAAUGUUUGAAGGACUUAGAAAUAAAUUUGAAUGGUACUUGUGUUAGGAAAUUGCCCUCAUCACUAAGGUAUCUCACCGGUGGGCUUAAGGGUUUAUACCUACUUACGGUUCAAAAUGUAGAUCUCAGCUUUGCGCAAUAUGGGUUUAAGAGCUUGACAACUCUACGUCUCAGCCAUUUGGAUUUAAAUAUUUUGUUGAGGCCCAAUUACUUCCCGGUAUUGGAAACUCCAGAUCUCAGCUUUUUGCAAUAUGGGUUUUUGAGUGUGAAAUUUCUAGAACUCAUCUUUGCUAAUAGGGAUAUGGUUGAAUUAAAUAUUUGGUUCAAGCCCGAUUACUUCCCGGUAUUGGAAACUCUACGGAUAUGUGGCUCCGAAAUUGUUACCAUACCUGAAAGCAUUACCAAAUUUACUAGAUUGCAAUUUCUUGAACUAAUUAAUUGCAGGCAGCUUCAGGAAAUUCCAAGGCUUCCACAAUCUAUAGUAAAACUGGAAGCACGGGGGUGCCCUUCGUUGGAUCUACAAUCAUCACGGAGAUUAUUAGACCAGUGUGGGGAAUUUCUAGGGAUUUUACCAAGAAGCAAUGUAUUCUUUGACCAUGAUUUUGGAAUUAUAAUACCAGGAGAUAAGACUCCAAUGUGGUUCAAAUCGAACGAUCAUCACAGUGUUGGAAAUUCCAUAUCAUUCAGGGUUGGACCCGAAAUUCCAAAAUUUGGUGUCUUUAUUGCUUUUCAAUCGAUGAAGCCAUAUAGAUUUGUAAAGUGUAAUGUGAAGGUUCUCAUCAAUGGUGAGGCAGAAGACGACAGUAACGACAGAAGUGGCUUUUAUCCAUUCACGGAUUAUCUGUAUGAUCAUCAUCUGUGGUUUAUUUGUGUAUCUCGUGGGUUAUAUUAUGAAUCACAUCCAUCUGGAGUGAAUCACAUUGAAGUUGUAUGUGAAGUUAAUGAUAAUCCUGAUCGUAAACUAAUACCAGCAGAUGAUAACACUGACUGCAUAAAAUGGAUGGGGGUCCAUGUAGAAUGCAUUUGUUGUUGUCCAGGGUCGCCCAUUAGACAGCGGAGACGGGUCUCUCCUCCAAUGGAUCUAACAUAUUUGGGAUUUACAGAUGGAUUUGAUUUGGGUUCAUCUUCAAUGACCCAGAUUUUGCCACUGGUUUCCUCCACUUCUUAUUGUUCAGAUUUAAAUCAUGGGGUUUCCAACAGUGGAGGACAUUCCAGGCGUGCCAGAAUCCGACUGCGACGGAAAAUAAGAAUUCGACUCCGUCGGAAAAGCCUAGCAGAAAGCAGAGCUCUCCUCCAACCCCUUCCAUGUGGCAAGACUGGGCUAAAGAUGAAGCUUCUCUUAACACUUGCUAUCUUUGUCAUCCUUAUUCAAUCUCUUCUUCUUCUUCUUCUUCUUCUUCAUUUUGCAAACAACACAUAAUUAUGAUUUAAGAGAAGAGAAUAUCCUUGAAGACACUGCCACCUAUCUCUACUAAGUUACCUGGACUUGCUGCUGUUGAGGUAAUUAGAGGCCCCAAGAAUCCCUUCCACCUUGUAAUGUUUUUUGCUUAGCUUAGUAUCAAUCAAGUGCCAAGUAAGGUUACCUUCAAUGUUUGGGAAUAGCUCAAUACCUCUGUUGUUCAUAGAGCUACCUUGCGAGUAGGAAUCAUUAAGUGGUAUAUAGCAUGCAUUAAGUGGUUAUGUAUGAAGGGUAAAAAUUUUUUACAGGUCAUAUGCAAACUUGCUUGGUCUAUAGUGGUUUCUUAUGUUUGGCUUCAAAGAAAUGCUCCCGUAUUCAACGGCAAUGUCAAAUCUAAGUUUGUCUUGUUCAAGGGAGUUCAAAACCUCUGAGGCAUCACUGUACAAAAGCUGUUUUGCAGAUCCCCUGCUUUAGUGAUGUUCUGGUGAAUAUUCAGGAAUGGGAGAAUCAGCACAAACAUCUGAUAGCUACAAAACCCAUACCUCUUUACCCUUUUUGGUGCUCAAAUCAACUUCAACACUUAAGAAGGAGACAUGUUGGAUUGUAAGGUGAAAAAUUGUGGAGCAACUAUUACAAAGGACUAUAGGCUAUAGCUAUGUUAAGUUCAUCAAGAUGUUACACUUCUACAGCUAAAAAGCUUUUUGCCACAACAGAAAAUUUCUUGGCAGUAUGGCAUGUGAACAGAUGUUGAAGGUACCAAGAGAGAAAGUGCAAUUAAAGGAACCAAUUUUAGUAGUUUGAAGAGUUACUUUGCUGAUUUGUAGAUGGAAGGUGGUGUAGGUCUUUUAGCAGUUCAAAGAAUUUCUUUGUUGAUUAGUUUCAACAUAAUUCUAAUACAAAACUUUUCACUUCAGAUUUCUUUGGUAAUCCUAUCCAUGACCUUCAUUUGACAUCUUGAUGACAGAGUAUUGUUUACCAUGCCAUUUACAUGGUGGUCUUGGUUGAUCUUUUUUGGGAGGAUUAUGAUGUAUUUAUUUUUGAUGGAUCACUUUUCUUUUGGUGUGUCCAUGGGUGGAAGAUUAUAAAGUAUUUAAGUUUUCUUUGUAAUGUGUUCUGUCUCUCUUUUUGUAUUUAAUAUCUUUUCCCUAGGAGGACCUGGCAAGGAUCAUACGGCAUUUAAUUUUGGUGUAUCAUGUUUUUAUUUUUAAUUUCUUUUCUUCUGUUUUUGGACUUGUCCCCCCCAUUUGUAUAUGAAAUGACGUAAGUUGAAGGCUGUUGGAGAAAGUUUAAUGAGAUAAUACCUGAUUAUGGCAAAA